UUAUGCUGUGGUGCCGUCUGAUUCUGUUUUCUGAUGUCUGAAUAUUAUUCUGUGUUUUUGUUGUUUAUUCUCGUUGGAUUGAAGGAAGAGUUGUUUUCUUCGUAAUCAACUGCAGAAAUUCCUCAUUUUCGGUUGUUUUAUCAUCUUUAGUGUGUGUAGUCCUACCGUUGGUUUAGGAAUGUACAUGGUUUAAUAUUGUAGUUGCAGAAUAACACAAUGGAUAAUAUUCAGGACAAAAACGAUAUGGGUGACAAUCUCCAGCAGAAGAUUCAGCAGCAGAAGAUGAUGCUGGAGCAGCAAGAAAUGUUGAGGCAGGAGGAGUUGCUGAGAUUACAGCAGACUGCUAUGGCUGAGAAACAGAGAGAAGAACAAGAAUUAUUCCGCCUGCAGCAGAAAGCACUGAUAGAUCACCAGCAGGAGAACUUGCAAGGUGUCCCUGUACAGAUGGUGGCAGUGACAUCAGCCCAGGCGAUUCCCACCGCCAUCUUGACCACAGCGACGCUGGACUUUGCCCCAGGCACUGCCACCCUUCCAGUCACCCUCAAUGUUUCCACCAUACAGCCGGCCACUGCCACAGUGGUGACCAGUCUUCAGCAGCCAGCCACACUUCAGGUCAUCCCCAUACAGACAACAGUAGCAAUGCCGCCCCCACCAGGGAUCGAUGUGGUGAAUAUCGGUCCGCCUGGAGUGGAUCCUGAGCCCACCGUGAUCAACAUCGCAGUGGAGGCACCACCAGCCCCCGCCCCGGCUCCACCCAACCAGGAAGGGGGGCAGGAGCUGGAGCAACAACCAAGAGAACUGAGACUCCCUGUGGCUCUAGAGCAGGCCUUGGCUUUCAAGACAGAGCGAGCAAAGCAGGUCGGAGUUCGGCCGGAAGAGUUAGAAUCUGGUGAUAUAAUGCAAACAGAGCCAGAACCGAUUGAUGAACCAAUGUAUGAAGAUUUUGAUGAUGAAGAGGAAUACGAAUGGGAAAAUGAUGAACCACAGAAACAAGAGAAUGAGAGGCGGACAGAUCAAAAAGCUAGCAAGAACAAACGCAAAAAGAAAAGGAAGAAGCGAGCUAAACAGCAGAAGAAAAUGGAGGCCUCUCAGAAAAACCAAAAAGAGAAAGAAAAAGAUAAACCAACAAAAGACAAAGACAAGUCAAAGAAGGAUGGAGAAGAUGUAGAAAUAGAGUACAUCCAGGAAACACUGGGGCUGCAUCAGUUGGAGCCAAUGUAUCGCCAGUUCGCCCGGAUAUUUGAGGCAUUCCGGAUCUCUGAGCCGGUGAUCCCACCGGAUAUCAGCAAGGAUCUUGCAGCCGCCAAGGAGCUGGGAGCCAAGGCUCUGGCUGCCACACUGAGGAAGGUUCCCAAACUAACGGACGAAUACGAGGAAGAAGAGCCGGAAGAACCGGAGGGCAAGGGCGAGGAGAAGAAGCCGAAGAUGUCAAAGCGGAAGAUGAAGAAGUUGACCAGGCUGAGUGUUGCCGAGCUGAAGCAGCUGGUCAGUCGGCCAGAUGUAGUGGAGAUGCACGACGUAACAGCUCGGGACCCCAAGCUGCUUGUGCAACUCAAGGCUCACCGUAACACUGUGCCUGUGCCCAGGCACUGGUGCUUCAAGCGGAAGUAUUUGCAAGGCAAGAGGGGUAUCGAGAAGCCGCCAUUUGACCUGCCGGACUUCAUUAAGAAGACAGGAAUAAUGGAGAUGAGAGCGUCUCUGCAGGAGAAGGAGGACCAACGCACAUUGAAGGCUAAGAUGCGUGAGCGAGCACGGCCCAAAUUGGGCAAGAUUGAUAUUGACUACCAGAAACUCCAUGAUGCUUUCUUCAAGUGGCAAACAAAACCUCGGCUCACCAUUCACGGUGACUUGUAUUACGAGGGCAAGGAGUUUGAGACGAGGUUGAAAGAGAAGAAGCCUGGCGAUUUGUCACAAGAGCUGCGAACGGCUCUGGGUAUGCCUGUCGGACCAAACGCUCACAAGGUACCUCCACCAUGGUUGAUCGCCAUGCAACGUUACGGUCCACCUCCGUCGUACCCCAACCUCAAGAUUCCUGGACUGAAUGCCCCCAUCCCUGAAGGCUGCUCCUUCGGCUACCACGCCGGUGGCUGGGGCAAGCCCCCUGUGGACGAGUCGGGCAAACCUCUCUACGGGGAUGUGUUCGGCACAAGUGCACCCAACACAGAGGCAAAUGAGGUGGAUGAAGAUGUGGACAAGACUGCAUGGGGUGAGCUAGAGUCUGAGAGUGAAGAAGAGAGUGAGGAGGAGGAGGAGGAAGAAGGAGAGGAGGGGGAGGGAGAAGGGGACCAGACGGGUUUGAUCACGCCGGCCGAAGGACUGGUCACCCCGUCAGGCAUUACAUCCAUUCCCGCAGGCCUGGAGACUCCAGAGAUCAUCGAACUGAGGAAGAAGAAGAUCGAGAGCGAAAUGGAAGGGAACGAGACACCUGCACUAUUCCAAGUGCUGGCGGAGAAGCGGGUGGAGCGAGUGGGUGGAGCGAUGAUGGGUUCAACGCACAUGUACGAUGUGGCAGGAGUCAAACGUGGUCAGGACACGGUGGAGUUGGCCCUGGACCCGUCAGAGUUAGACCUGGUAGACACAGAAGCCAUGGCGCAGCGCUACGAGCAGCAGAUACGCGAGCAGCAGAGCCAGCUGCAGAAGGAAGACUUGUCCGACAUGUUGGCUGAGCACGUCGCCCGCCAGAAGAAUAAGAGGAAAAAGCAGCAGUCACAGGAAAACAAGCAAGCUAAAAAAUACAAAGAGUUUAAAUUUUAAAUUACAUGUUAGUAUAAGCUUUAUGAUUAUGUCUUUUGUUAAUAAAUGUAUUACCACUA